CAACAGUGGAAGUUUAACAUUGCUCCCAACUUUAACUUUAAACAAACCGUUUUAAAAAAAGCUGUUGUGUAGCGGGUUAAUCGAGAAAUUCACACUGAUAUAUGAGGCUCAUGAGAUACGUGAAUAUUCUCAGUCAGUGUGGUAAAUGAUGCUGGUGACAGUUUCUACUGAUGGAUAGCUAACGUUAGCUUAAGAGGGAGGCUGCUAAGAGUUAUAGCAGGAUCAGACUGUCGUCUCCAACUAAAUGUCAGCCUAUACAUCGAACAGUUGGUCAUUAAUAACAGGUUGAUUGAUUACAGACGACACUCAGUCUAACAAUAAUGAUUUAAUUAGAUAUGUAUUUCCACAUAAGCAGUAUGCCAUCGUGUUGGGUCAUUGAUCCAAUGAUACGGGACAUGACGGAGAUCAAACUUAAUUUAUUAAGGUCUCCUCGUGACAUGUUAUAGAGAUCCUGCGGUGAACCCAGCUGAGAGGAAUACUGAUCAGUUUGCUGUUGCUGUAAGCUCUUAUGAGGGAGUGGGCUUUGUGAUGGAGGGAGAGUCAAUUGAAAGACACAGCCUUGAGAUGCCCAGUCAGAAUGAGUGUCUGGUGAAGAAGACUCAGCUGUUGGAUCGAGGUCAGUGGGCGAACAAGGUGGAAUUUCUGCUGGCUGUAGCUGGAACCCUGGUUGGACUGGGAAACCUCUGGAGGUUCCCCUAUUUAUGCUACAAAAAUGGGGGAGGUGCAUUUCUGGUUCCGUACGUCUUGUUUCUGCUCUCUUGUGGUAUCCCAAUGUUUCUUCUGGAGACGGCAAUGGGACAGUUCACAUCUCAAGGAUGUAUCACGUGCUGGAGGCACUUCUGCCCCUUGUUUGAAGGGAUUGGUUACGCUACCCAGGUCGUGAUUGCAUAUGCUGCCGUGUCGUACAUCGUCAUCCAGGCAUGGGCCUUCUUCUACCUCUUCUCCUCCUUCAGUGCUGAGGUCCCAUGGGCCAGCUGCAGGAAGUCCUGGAACACAGAGUCUUGUGUUGAAUUUGAUAAAACAAAUGCGUCAUCCAGUUGGACAGCAAACGCAACAACGCCUGCAACAGAAUUCUGGGAGAGACGAGUGCUGGGUAUAUCUCAAGGAAUUGAGGAGAUUGGUAGCCUGAGGUGGGAGUUGGUAUUGUGUCUCUUACUGGCAUGGAUCCUGUGCUACUUCUGUGUUUGGAAAGGAGUGAGAUCCACAGGAAAGGUAGUUUACUUUACAGCCACUUUCCCCUAUUUGAUGCUGGUGGUUCUGUUGGCUCGUGGACUCACUUUACCAGGAGCUAUUGAUGGCAUAGCUUUCUACCUGUAUCCUGAUCCAACAAGGUUGGUGGACCCUCACGUUUGGAUGGAUGCAGGUGCACAAGUUCUUUUCUCUUUUGGGAUUUGUCAGGGGAGUUUAACAGCUCUGGGCAGUUACAAUCAGUUUAACAAUGAUUGCUACAAGGACACGUUUGUUCUGUGUUUGGUGAAUGGCGGGUCAAGCUUUGUGGCAGGGUUUGCUAUCUUUUCAGUUUUGGGAUUUAUGUCCUACGAACAAGGACUGCCAAUAUCUGAAGUGGCUGCUUCUGGACCUGGCUUGGCAUUUAUUGCCUAUCCACGUGCAGUAGCCAUGAUGCCUUUCCCUCAGUUAUGGGCUAUAUGUUUCUUCAUCAUGGUCAUCUUGUUGGGUGCAGAUACACAGUUUGUGAGUCUGGAGUGCCUGAUGACGUCUGUGACAGACAUGUUCCCCACCUUGUUUCGAAGAGCUUAUCGUCGAGAGUUGCUGCUGCUUUGUCUCUGCUCGGUUUGCUUCCUUCUCGGCCUUCUUCUUGUCACAGAGGGAGGCUUAUAUUUCCUUCAACUUUUUGACCAUUACGUUUGUAGUGGCAACAAUCUUCUCCUUCUUUCAGUGUGUCAAUCGAUAGCAAUCGGAGGGAUAUAUGGUGCAGAUCGUCUUUAUGACAACAUUGAAGACAUGGUGGGUUAUCGUCCAUGGCCAAUGAUGAAGUAUUGCUGGCUUUAUAUCACCCCCACUGUUUGUCUGGGUACCUUUGUCUUUUCAGUGGUGAAAUACAAGCCUCUCAAGUUCAACAAUACCUACGUCUACCCAACCUGGGCUUAUGCUUUGGGUUGGUUCCUUGGACUGUUCUGUGUUCUCCUGGUUCCUCUGUGGAUCAUCUUUAAAGUUACUCAGAUGAAAGGGACGAUAGUGCAGAACCUCAGGCAGCUUUGCUGCCCUGAAAACAAGAUGCACCGCACCGCAAGGCAACCUAAGCAAUGCCCUUUAAAUCCAGAUGACACUCUUACUCCUGUUGCAAAUGAAAACAAAGCAAGUGGCGGAGCUGAGAUGGAGUUGCAAAUGUGAAAAACUGAACAUUUUUGAUUAAGUUUUAAAUGUGAUAAGCAAGCUAAGCAUGUUUUAGAAAUUAUGACUUCCAGUUCUGCUGGGUUGCAACGUGCACAAUCAGUCUUGUGUACAAAAUGUGUCUGCUGUAGACCGAACAGUAUUGAGAAGACUUUAAAAGCUAUUUUCAGUUAAAGCAAACAUGUAAUUUGUCUGAUAAAGUUAUAAUUUUCAUGUUUCAGUAGGUCUAUGCCAUUGAGCACGUGGUUCUUUACCUGGGAAUCGCAAAAUAAUUUCCGGGGGGGGUUGCCACAUGGGUGUGGAAAAAAAAAAAGAUAACGUAUACCUAUGGGAAUGCUUUUUAUAUUACAUUACCUCUGUAUCAGUGAUAUCAUUUACCUUAUAAUAGAUUUUAUGGAGUGUGUUUUUGAGAGUUAAAGCUGCACAUGAGUUUCUGAGUCUGUUCCGGUGGUCAGAAGGAGAGAAAAAGUCAAUACAUUUUCAAUUGCAAAAAAAAAGAAUAAACUCAUUGUAGCAGCUGAGACCUGGCCUACCACUUGGGGAACACAGCACGAGCACAUAUGGACAAAAUUAACAUGCUAAAUAAACAUAUAUAUUUAUUUUUAAAGAAGAUUUUAAAUUACAUUGGAACACUUAAAUUCAACUAAAAUGUACAGUGAACAAUCAGUGUUUGACCUAUCUGUGGAGGUGCAUCUCCAAACGCAAAAACAAAGCACAAUCACACCAUAAAACUUUACGACAUGUUCAGAAAAAGAUCCGUAUUUUGCAGUAAUCAAAUGACACGAAAAAAAUAAAUAAUCCACAGCAAUCAGUAGAUCCACAAAAAGGGUCACGGUGUAUCCAGCAAGUCCUACGUGCAUCACAUUUACCAGCCAGCUCCAAACAGGUGAACAAGGCCUCUCCGCCGUUUAAACAAAGUGGAAUAAAAUGUAUAAA